AUGAUAAACCCAACGAAGAGCGACACCCUCAGGGCUCGUCCCAUCUGGGAGCCUACCGUCCCCCAAGACCAAAUACCCAUGAAUAUCUAUCGUGAGCACAUCAACAAGAAAUUCAAUCAGCAGCUUCGCUCCUCCCAUGAUCUGCACCAAUGGUCUGUUGAAAAUAUGCAAGAAUUCUGGACGGAUCUCCAUGGCUAUACGGGAAUCAUCCCGCCAUUGCCUCCGACAGUAACAUCCGCAUUUGAUCCUACCACGCCAAUGGACAAGAUUCCCAAAUUCUUCAGCGGAGCAACUGUCAACUACGCGGAAAAUGUUGUGUCUGGCUGGGACUUGAACAAGACAGCUCUUGUUGGAGUUCGAGAGGGCCAGGAUUUAAGUGGGGAGGUAUGGACAUGGGGAUUGUUGAGGGAGAAUGUCCGAAAGGCAAGGAGUGCUUUGCUCCAGCUCGGUGUUAAGGAAGGAGAUCGAGUUGCUGCUAUCAUCUCAAACAGCGUCUGGUCGAUAGGUAUGUUCCUGGCCACUGCUAGUAUCGGCGCGAUUUGGACCAGUAUCGCACCGGAUUUGGGUGAAGAGGGCUGUGUGUCACGGUUGCAACAAGUCGCUCCACGAAUUCUCUUUGCAGAUGGCGAGUCUACCUACAAGGGGAAAAUGCGAUCGAACGUUGUUAAGAUUCAGAGCAUCGUAAAGGCAUUACGCUCAAAGCCACAGGUGUUUUUAAUCCCUAUCACCGGCGCCCAUGAGCCGGUAUUCCCGGGGCUCGAUCAAUUCUUGGCAAUGUCGAGGGAUGAGGACAUGCUUGAGUUCAAGAGGGUGUCUUUCUCUCAUCCACUCUACAUCCUAUACACUAGCGGCACCACCGGACAACCAAAGUGCCUGGUGCACAGCCAUAGUGUUAUUCUGCAGCACAAGAAGACAUCCAUACUGCACAACUCUUUGACAUCGGACGAUGUUGUUUUCCAGUACAGCAGUACCUCAUGGGUCCUGUGGAAUAUCAUGGUUGGUCACUUCUCCGUAGGCCCGACUCUGAUUCUAUAUGACGGAUCUCCAUUGUGGCCCAGUGCCAAGGGACUGGCAAAAAUCACGGAGUACCACAAAGUCUCAUACUGGGGCUGCUCUCCUCGCUAUCUGCAGGAGCUCGAGAUGACCGGCUGCAUCCCAAAGAACGAGUUCGAUCUCUCGUCCCUCAGAAUGGUGCAGACGGGUGGCUCUCAUCUGGGCGAAGACCAAUACCACUGGUUUUACCGCGCAUUCCCUUCGAGUGUUCAUCUCACCAGUGUAACAGGGGCAACGGACUUGGCGACUUCUUGGAUUGGGACUGACCCUGCAGGUCCACUGUAUCCUGGAGAGAUCCAGCUUCCUAUGCUUGGACAUGAUGUGGACAUUGCCGAUCCUGCCACAGGAGAUUCCAUUAAGACGACUGGAAAGAAUGGCGAGUUUGUCUGUCGCAAACCAUUCCCAUCAAUGCCAGUGUUCUUCUGGGGCGAUGAAGACGGAUCGAAAUACAAGAGCGCAUAUUUCGAGAAAUUUGAAAAUUGCUGGGCUCAGCACGACUGGGCGAGUUAUAAUCCAAAAACGAAAGGUUGGCAGAUUCACGGAAGGAGUGAUGGUGUCCUGAAUCCACAGGGAAUUCGCUUCGGGUCGUCGGACAUAUACUCGAUCACCGAAUCGGCUCCUUUCAACUCGGACAUCUCAGCCACUCUCUGUGUCGGGCGUCGACGAUCGCAUGACUCUGAUGAAGUUGUGUUUUUGUUCGUUGUCAUGCAGUCUGGAAAGCCGUUUACAGCCCAACUUGCUGUGGAGCUCAAGGAUGCAAUUCGCAAAGGCUUGAGCAGUAAGCAUGUUCCUCGCUUCGUGAUUGGGGUCAAAGAGUUCCCUAUGACGGUGAACGGUAAAAAGAUUGAGACAUUGGUGAAGCAGGUCAUUUCGUCUGGCCAGCUUCCCAAGACUAUCAGCAGUACCGUUGCAAAUCCCGGGUGUCUGGAUCACUUCAGGCAGUAUUGUGAGCUCGAGGUACAAAAGGUCAAUAGGAGUAGGCUAUAG